AUGGCCAACGAUGGCAAAGCCAUUAUCCCGACCCCUACCUGGGUGCUCAUAGUACGAGUUUUCCAAGUCAUUCUAUCCCUCAUCGUGAUCGGCGGCUCGGGAUGGUUUAUCCACAGCCUUUACCUUCCUAGUCUCGCCUUUGCGAUCGUUUGCACUCUCUUCACUUGGGUCAUCUUCGUAUAUGCCAUUCUAUCUGAGAAGGUCAGCUCCUGCCACGGCGCCUACAACACAUGGGCAAUCUUGUCACUCGAUGGUCUGAUGAUCAUCUUCUGGCUGUCGGCUAUGGGCGCUGUGGCGGCACAGCGUGGCGAGUUCAAAUACAGUGUACAGGCGAGCUGUUUCAGCGACGGCAGCACUAUCAACUCGGGCUCCUGUGUUAUCUACAAGCGGGCGUACGUCGCCAAUGAUACGGCGCUCGCCGUCAUGAGCGCUGUCGCAGGCGUAUCUGCUCUCAUCAUGCUUCUAUUCGUCGCGAGCUUUGCCUAUGUCUGCCACCAUUUCCGCCUGUCCUGGGUCUCAAGCCCAUCCGAUGCCGAGAAGCAAGCCGGGGGUGGCGCUCCUGGCGCUAACAACACGACCGUACAACAUCAACAGCCGGGAGUAGAGAUGCAAGCAAAUAUACCGGCACAGCAAGCCCAGCCUCUUCUCAAUCAGCAACAAGGAGGCUACCCAGUACAGCAGCAGCAGGGGGGUUACCCACAACAGCAACAGCAACAGCCGCCGAAGUGGGCGGAGGCAGUCUACCCCGAACAUACUGGAUACUCGCAUCAGGGUACUCCUUCUCCUGCUCCUGCGCCUGUCUACAAUCAGAAUCAGCCUUACGACCCUUACGUACAACAACAGAGUACUGGAUAUGCUGGUGCUCCUGGUGUGUACUCGCCAAAUCAGGCGAGCCCUGUUCAUGAGGUCCCGUAUAGCCCUCAUACACCAGGACCCCACGAGGCCCCGGCACAACAUGUGCAGCCAGUGUACCAGUUGCCUGCGGACCAUCGGUGA